CAUCGUCAAAGCAGAGCAGCAAAAGCAUUGAAAUUCGUGCGUCGCGGAACAGCUGAAUGGUUAUCUUUACCAAGCCGCCGUCGAGUAUGGAAGUGCGGUGCGAUCCGUAGCUAGUCGAUUUUAUUUUCAAUCGGACUUCAACUACUUUUGUUGACAAUUACAAGUGAAUGAAACAGUGCAUUGCGAGUAAAUCUGAACAAUCAAGCAAGUGAUAUCGGUCCCCGAAGUGAACACAAAGUGACGAGAUAAGGAUAGCAGUUUUAUUUGCGUAACACACGUGAAGUGGGGGUGCUCUGCUAGAAACAUAAAUGGGUGUCAGUGCAAAGUGUCAUCAAAGUAGGCUGUCGACUGUAGUCCAACCCAAUAAAAAGCCCCAGGCAUUGCAGCAAAAAUUGAAAUAAAUCUCGCUAUUAGCUUUCAUUUUAUCGUUGAUCUCGGAGUAAAUAAACGAAAAAUCCAGUCGAGCAGAGUGAUAAGACGGCCAAACAAGCGCUUUUGUUUGGUGAGAAUCAACAUCGCUGCACGAUAAAGGUUUAGUCAGCAAGUGACAAAGUCCAGCCGAAGUCGACUGGGGCGUUCAAUCUGAUCUGAUAAGAGAAGGCAGUUGAGGUCAUCCUGGAACACGAACUUGCAGUACAAGAAGGUCGCCGAAAAAUGUGGUGCCUGAUUAAUCUACCCAACGGGACUACGUCGGCCGUUCAGUGCGAUCCCAAACGGAACAGCCAGGAGUGUCUGGAGAAGGUUUGCAGCGACCUUGGCAUCGUCUGUGAAACAGACUACUUCGGGCUGAUUCCGGUUCGUGACGGGGACAGCAUCGAUGUGGACGAAUGCAGUGCGAAGCAGUGGAUAAAUCUGCGCAAUCCGCUCAGCCUCCAUGCGAACGAUCGGAACCAUCCGAUUCAGCUUUCUCUGCGGGUUAAGUUUUGGGUUCCAGCCCAUCUGAUCCUGCAGGACAGCGUUCGUCUACUGUUCUACAUGCAGGCACGUCAGGAACUGCUCGAUCAGCACAUCAGUCCUUCCAGCUGGUCGAAUGCGGCGUACAUUUCCGCCCUAAUGCUGCAAGCUGACGGAUACAAGUAUGAUCCGGCCAAAGUUGUUGUAAAUCUUGCUGUAGGCUCAAUCGAACGCCGUCAGUCGCGGCGUCCCUCCAAGCGAAAGUGUUCAGAAACGGACGUCAAACGUGGAAGCAUAUCUCCGGUGGGAUUGUCCGAGGACGAAUCAACCGACGAAACGAAACCAAAGAACCUCUACCAGAGCUAUAUCGUAAGACCAACGUUCGAGGAUACUACGCCGGAACCGAUGCCAGACAAUUUCAUCGAAAUAAUUGCUAAGGAGCACGAAACUCUAACCAAAAUCAAAAUGACUCCCAAUUCCGCGCAGUAUUGGCUACUGGAGGAAAUUUCUUCGCUCAGCGGAUACGGCGAGGAAGUGUUUGAGGGGGUGACCACCAGUGAACCAUCCGUUCGCUGCAAAAUCGGCGUCAGUCCACGCGGUCUAUCAAUCUCAAAAGAGGAACAACCUUAUAGCAGCGUUCCCUUUACAGCUGUGAAAACCGCCAAAUCAGCUAAGCGAUUGUUCCAGCUUACCUACGUGAACGAACAGCACGAGGAGAUGAAUGUCGAGCUGAAGUUGCCCAACCAAAGAACGGCAGCCUCACUGUACCGAGCUAUUACGGAGAAGCACGUGUUCUACUCGUGUGAAACGGUUCAAGCCGUCGUUACCACUCAAUUCAUUCGUGAUCUCAAAGGAACAAUCGCAUCGAUGUUCAACGAGGACACCGAGCUCGGCAAGCGAUACGUGUUCGAUAUCAAGCGUACCUGUCGCGAGGUGUACGACAACUCGAGACGAAUCCUGCACGCGCGUGGUAUCGAAGUCAGCAACGUUCAACCACAGUGUCCCCAGGAACAAGCCGAACAGCUCGAGCAGCGGCUUGCCGCUCAAACCGAGGAAAACACCAAACUAGAUCGACUGGUGGAGGAACGAAUCACAGAGGCGGUCACCUGUAUUAUCUGUGCCGAUAACGUGAUGGACACCAUGUUUCUACCGUGUGGACACAUAACCGCCUGUCGGCAAUGUGCAGAACAAUGUGAUCGCUGUCCUCUCUGUCGGGCGGAUAUCAUGUGUGUGAAUAAAGCAUUUCUUCCACCAGUGCUUCGUACCAGAGGACAAACCGUCGCUGCCCAGUGAGGGCCGACGGUUCCACAGUUAAACCACAUUACCAAUAGCUUUUAAGACCCACAGUUUAUCGUUUUUUUACUCUCCCUGUCCUCCCUAUCGACAUUCGAUUGCGAGAGCUAACAAUAAUGUUUAGUGUACCACUAACUCUACAAGCAUUAGAUGUUGAUCCCAACUUGAUUUAUAUAUUCUUCAUCGCAGUUUUCAGAUAUAAACUGAAAGAAGAGAAAAACAGAAAAAACAGUUAAAAGUGAUAUUUACUUUAAGUUAGUUUAGUUUACGUUACGUCCUCAGUAGGCAGACAUAAACCAACAACAGUAAGGAGAAAAAACUGAAAAAUAUCAGUACUACCUAUAAUAGUCAAGUAUCAAUGCAAAUUAUUAUAAUCAAAUCUAGUGAUAGAGAGCACGAUGCGACCGGCAGGCUUGGAAGCAGAAAGCGUAAUUUUAGCGUUAGCGACAGGAGUAUUUUUCGUUUAGUAUUUUUGAAUUUCCCACGAUUUCGUUUUGUUUUUUUUUUUUUUUUUAAUCUGCCGGACGACUUCGAUCGAUCGAGUUAUGUCCACGUGUGUAAGAUAUGAUAUGAUAGCACACGUGCAGUGUGAAACAAUUUCAAGUUGUUAUUAAACAAACAAAAAACUAUCAGCUGAAACUA